GGGCAGGGGCCUGAGUUCAACCCCACGAAGCCUCGGUCGUCCGUCGGUGAGCCGGCAGGGGGUCUGGCCGGCAGCGCCCCCGCUUGCAGGCUCCAUCACCUGCCUGGCUGCAGACCCAGACCCGCCUGGCCCGGCCCUGUGCCCACCAUGAAGCUGACCUGCAAGGAGUGGGUCCUCACGGCCCUGCUGGGGGUCACCGCGGCCUCGGCCCUCACCGCGCUCGUCCUCGUCCUGGUGGAGGCCACCAGCGUCUUGCUGCCCGCGGCCACCAAGGUCUGCUCCCCGACCCUCAGCCGGGGCGGGGCUGGCCGGCCCCGCGCCCCCUGACACCGCUGUCCCUCCCAGUUCGGGAUUGUGUUCGAUGCGGGGUCCUCCCACACAUCUGUCUUCGUGUAUCGGUGGCCGGCGGACAAGGAGAACGACACGGGUGUGGUCAGCCAGGCCCUGGCCUGCAACGUGGAAGGGCCUGGCAUCUCCUCCUACGCCUCCGACCCCGCCCAGGCUGGAGAGAGCCUGCAGGGCUGCCUGGAGGAGGCGCUGGCCGUGGUCCCAGCAGCCCAGCGCCAGCACACGCCCACCUUCCUGGGGGCCACGGCCGGCAUGCGGCUGCUCAGCUGGAAGAACAGCUCUCAGGCGGCGGGGGUCUUCGCCGCGGUCUCCCGGGUCCUGGGCCGGGCCCCCGUGGAUUUCCGGGGUGCUGAGCUCCUGCCUGGUCAGGAUGAAGGUGCCUUCAGCUGGAUCACCGUUAACUAUGUCCUGGGCUUGCUGGUCCAGUACUCCUUCUCAGGCGAGUGGGUCCGGCCUCCGGAGGGGACGCUGGUGGGCGCCCUGGACAUGGGCGGGGCCUCCACCCAGAUCACCUUCGUGCCCGGAGGCCCCGUCCUGGACAAGAGCACGCAGGCCACCGUCCGCCUCUACGGCUUUGAGCACAGCCUCUACACCCACAGCUACCUCUGCUUCGGGCGCAACGAGAUGCUGAACAGGCUCCUGGCCAGGCUGGUGCAGAGCAGCCCCGCCCGCCGGGUCCUCCACCACCCCUGCUACCACGGCGGCUACCAGGACAAGCUGUCGCUGGCCCAGCUGUUCGAGUCGCCCUGUGUGCGGGGCACAGCCCCCCCACACCUGCCCCCGACCCUGACCGUGGACGGGACAGGGAACCCUGGGGCCUGCGUCUCAGCCAUCCGGGAGCUCUUCAACUUCUCCAGCUGCGAGGGCCGAGACGACUGUGCCUUCGAUGGGGUCUACCAGCCCCCCGUGCGGGGCCAGUUCUACGCCUUCUCCAGCUUCUACUACACCUUCCGGUUCCUGAACCUCACCUCCGGGCAGCCGCUGGCCGCCGUCAACGCCUCCAUCUGGGAGUUCUGCCAGAAGCCCUGGAAGCUGGUGGAGGCCGAUGCGGCCGGGGAGGACCGCUGGCUGCGUGACCACUGCGCCUCGGGCCUGUACAUCCUCACGCUCCUGCUGGACGGCUACGGCUUCAGCGAGGAGACCUGGCCCAGCAUCAAGUUUCGCAAGCAGGCCGGCGGCACCGACAUCGGCUGGACGCUGGGCUACAUGCUGAACCUGACCAACAUGAUCCCGGCCGAGGCGCCGCCCCAGUGGCGGGCACAGAGCUGCGGCAUCUGGGCGGCCAGCGUCGCCUGCGUGGUGCUGACCCUCGGGGCCGCCCUGGCUGCCGCUGUGGCCCGACUGCUCCGGCCCCGGGACUGAGCAGGCCGCCUCCUGGCAGGGGGGAGGCCCGACCUGGCCGGGCCGCCAGCCCGGACGCCUGCUCCGGCUGGGGCCUCCCCAAGGCCCUGGCCCGUGCAGCCUCCCAGGGGCUUGUCCUGUGGGCUCUGACCUCGAGUUGCUCCGGCCAAGGGAGCGGUGCCGCAGUCCCGUCCGAGCCUCCCCGUCGGCGGCCUCCGUCCCGCCAG